AUGUCUCUCCGCGCAGCACGGCGGCGGACUCUGGUCCCCCAUCUCUUGCAACUCAUCUACUCGGCAACCCACGCCGUCCUCGUAGACACGCCCGUCACCGUCGCCCAGACCAAGGAGAUCAUCGCCUGGAUCCGCCGCAUAGCGCCUAAUCGAGCACUCUCAUACAUAUACAUCAUUCACGGCCACGGCGACCACUUCUUUGGCAUUCCUCUCCUGGUGCUGGAAUUCCCACGGGCCAAGCUGGUAGCCACGGCCGGGACCGUACAGCACAUGAAGCAGCAGGUAGUAGAAAAAGUCUUUCGCUCCCAAUGGGACUCUCGGUUCCCCGGCGAGAUUCAGCAGCCGUUUGUCCUGGCUGAGCCGUUGCCGCCGGACAACAAGCUCACGCUCAAUCAGUGGGAGCUGCAGGCCGUGGAGGUGGGACACUCUGACGCGUACGACUCCACGGUUCUCUGGGUGCCUGCAUUGCGGCUCGCUGUCUGCGGGGAUGUGGUGUACGACCAGGUACACCAGAUGUUGAUGGAGACGGACACGCCUGCCAAGAGGGCGGAAUGGAUCAGAGCCGUCGAGAAGGUGGAAGCGCUGGAUCCGCUGCAUGUCAUUCCGGGGCACUGCCAGGAGGGCGAGAUUCUGGGGCAGUGGCAUUUGGACAACACAAAGGAAAAUAUUGGGGAAUUUGAAGAGGUUUUGAAGGGGAUUCCAAAGUCGGCGAGGGAUGUGGUUGGUGCCAUGACGAAGCGGUAUCCGGAUAGGUUCAAUGUUGGGGCCAUUAUCUUGGGUGCUCAGGCGGCAGUUCAGGCCGCACAGUCCAAGAUUUAG